UCGGCAGGCCGUGACGCGCGGCUGCCAGCGACGGCACAGCGUCGUCAAAAGGCGUGUGACGUCACAGCAGCGUCCCCCGCAGGAUUGGUCGACGCGAUUUGCAGCGCCGGAGGACUGCACCGCGCACACUGCAACGCUGGUUCUCGGCUUUCACCACAGAUGGCUCUGCCAGCUGUCUGGGACUACCUGCAACCGGUCAGCACAGCUGUCGGUCUUGUUACCGCUGUUGUGCUGCUGGGGGUCGGGGUGGACAUGGCGUACCACGCCCACUGGACUGCCGUCGUAACGCUAGGCUCUUUCUUGGUGGUUCUGGUCCUGGAAGGCAUGUCCGUGCCCGAGGCCUGCUUCCAACUUCACCUCAGGUCGAGCCCGGCUGCCCCUCAGUGGCCGGCGGUGCAGAGUCUGGGCCCGAUCCGGCGGGCUCUGGUGCACGCCCUGCUGGCACUGCUCGUCCUGCUCACGCCACACCACCGCAUGACGGUCACGGCGGCGGCAGGCGUGCUGCUGUUUGUCUGCUGCGGGCUGCAGCUGCUGCUGGCGUACGUGCGCUGGAAACAGAGGAGGGAGCAGAGCCGAGUUCACCUGCUGGGGGCGGCUGACUUCGGUUCACAGGAGGACGAGUCGCCGGACCGCGACUCGCCGGCCAGCAGCAUAGUGCUCCAGCGCGAGCCGGAGCAGAUCUAGACGCGUCGACGGCGACUCUCAGCACGCGUAGGUCACAGUAAUGUGCGCUGCGGGGUCAGCCGGCGACGCCCCGCGGCGCGGCGAGCAGGCGCGAUGACCAUGCUUCGGAGAACGUCAGAGGCGCGAGCGCUGCAGCGUUGUUAAGGUGUAUGAGGAGGAAGCGCGACGUGUCCUUCAGCUCUAUUUUUGGUGCGGGUGGCGGGCGCUGGAUAACGCUGGGUGGAUGCGUAAGAGCAGCUGAGUCUGCAGCGAGCGGGACAGCUGGCGUCCUGCUGUCUCCGGACGUGUGCUUUGAGGCAUGUUGCGAACAUCACGGCUCAGCUUUAUCCUGUCUGGACGUCGUUCAUGCCGCGUUUAGCACGAGCGCGCCGCGACAUCGGAAAGUUAAUGAAACGAAGGCAGGAACGGGUUUCAGA